UAAUUUCAGAGCUCGAGCAAAAAAGACGGAAUUACGGUUUUUUAGCGAAUAGGAAAAUAAUUUCUGAAUUAAGAAAAACACCGCUGCUGCAGAGUUCAAGCGUUUUAAGCAAGUAAAAUUAAGUGUGUUUGUUCGUUUAAAUUAUUUAAUAAUUGGUGUUUUGCGAGUACGGUUCCCGCCUGACCGCGUGUAUAUGUAAGUGUGUGUGUGUGCUUGUGGGUGUUGCGUGUGCGCGAAUGAGAGAGAAAAACACACAGAAAAGCAAAAAAAAAAAUUAUAAUAUACAACGAAAAAAAAACGAAGAAAAAUUACACAAGUCGCCCAAGUCAAGAGUUGUAAAAGCAAAGACGAAAAGUUUUAUUGAUUUUUUUCACACCUAAAAAGACGGCAGGCAGACGACUCACACACAUACACACACAAUCACCCAUCCAUACACACACACAAACACAUACACAACGUUUUUGUUGUUGUUGGUUGUGUUAAAGUUGCAAUUAAAGGAAGAAAAUAUAAAAACCAAAAAUCGAAAUAAUAACGGAAAAAGUGGAACUGGAAUUGGGCUGUAGGCUGCUACACGGACUCGGCCAGCAGUUAACAACGGUAGUUUUCCACAAAUUGUAAUUACACCUGCUGGUCAGAUAAUCCUCCCACACACACAAACACACACACAGCACAACCGGUCGCCCUCCCCACCCCACCGACCCAUUUGAUUUGCAAGAAGGCAAAGGCGAAGGAGGCGGAGAAAUUUAUAUAGACACAAAGAGCGUCAGUAUUUAUUUCAGAGAUCGGGACAAAACUGGUAAGACACUACUGAACACCAAGAUGCCAUCAGCACCAACACACACUGCCGAGGAGGCACAUCUGCUGGGCACCAUGCCCAUUGAUCCGAUGGAUGACAUUGAAUUGCGUUCAGUGCAAUUGCAAUUCCCCAAUGCCCGUGGCUCCAUAUUGGAGGCCUGUGAACAGCGUCGUGUACCCACAGAUAAGGGUGAUAUACAUGUGGCCAUUCAAGGUGAUACAUCGAAACCGGCCAUUGUCACCUAUCAUGAUUUGGGUCUGAAUUAUGCUACCAGCUUUGCUGGCUUCUUUAAUUAUCCCGUGAUGCGUGGCCUGUUGGAGAACUUUUGUGUUUAUCAUGUGACUGCACCGGGACAGGAGGAGGGUGCACCCACAUUGCCAGAGGACUAUGUCUACCCAACAAUGGAUGAAUUGGCCGCCCAGUUGCUUUUCGUUUUGUCGCAUUUUGGUUUGAAAUCGAUAAUUGGAUUUGGAGUUGGUGCUGGAGCAAAUAUUUUGGCUCGUUUCGCACAUGGCCAUCCGGAUAAGGUUGGAGCAUUGUGUCUGAUCAAUUGUGUGUCAACACAACCGGGAUGGAUUGAAUGGGGCUAUCAGAGUUUCAAUGCUCGGUUCUUGCGUACCAAAGGCAUGACCCAGGGUGUCAUUGAUUAUUUGAUGUGGCAUCAUUUUGGACGCAAUCCGGAGGAGCGUAAUCAUGAUUUGGUGCAAAUGUAUAAGCAGCAUUUCGAGCGUGCCGUGAAUCCAACCAAUUUGGCAAUGCUAAUUAAUGCCUAUAUACAUCGUAAUGAUUUGCAUUUGGCACGAACACCACCAGGCACACCUGGCACCGAGACGGCAGCCACAACAUUAAAGAUGCCGGUGAUUAAUAUAACUGGAUCGUUGUCGCCACAUGUCGAUGAUACGGUGACUUUUAAUGGACGAUUGGAUCCAACAAAUUCGUCAUGGAUGAAGAUUUCCGAUUGCGCUUUGGUUCUGGAGGAGCAGCCAGCCAAAUUGGCUGAAGCCUUUCGGCUAUUCUUGCAGGGCGAGGGCUAUGCAACACCUUUAUCAACGCCAGCUAGCUCACCCUGUGGCACCAAAUAUCAUACCUAUUCGUCGAUAUUCUUUGCCAAUUUCCGGGAGCAACAAAUGCAAGCAAUGCAGGAACGUGAAAGGCAAUUGAAUUUACGUUUGGGUCAACGUCUUAGGGAAACGGCCAUCAAUUGUCAUCAUGGUGAGAAUAAUAAUGCCGCAUCGAAUGACAGUGCUGUUGCAUCCGAAAUGGAGGAAGAGGAGGAUGAAUUGGUUGAUCAGGAUCAGGAGGAGAAUGGUAAUGGGAAUCGAGCCUAUAUGACAACAACAAAUGCAACAACAACGGAUACAUCGGGUACCCUAUAUUAUGGCACACAAAACAACAAAAUACGCAUCACUGAGAAUCCACUGCCCGAGCCGGUUAGCUCUUAAAUACUAAAACAAAAACAUACACACCACAGACACACACACGACACACACACA